AUGCUUGUCAGAGGCUUCGGUGCCUCAGAGUAUCUCUUUCGCCGCCUGAAAAAUGCAUAUCCGACCAUUGAUGUGAUGCAACCACCAAACGCUUGGUCAGCCGUUGUACGUGGCGCCGUAAUUCGUGGACUGGACGGAAAUCAAGUUGAAAGUCGGAGAGCACGACGCCAUUAUGGUGUGAGUUGCUACAAAAGGUACGAAGCAGAGCAUCACAACAAGAACGAGGCACGUUGGGAUCCCAUCGAAGAAGAUUGGUUUGUCGAUGAUCGCAUGAGAUGGUAUGUUCGAAAGGGCGAAUCAAUUUCAGAGAACGAUCCGAUUAAAAUGAGUUUUUAUCGAGUUUGGAAAUGCAAGGAUGCCAACAAAAUAACAUUCACGGAGACUUUGUAUUUCUGCAACAAGGAUCGGGCACCAGAUGUAUAUGCUCCAGACAUCCUUCCAUUGUGCACACUGAGCGUUGAUCUCAGCGACGUCCCAAAGAAACUGUUUCUGAAAUACAGGAACUCCAAAGGCUUAGAGUAUUAUAAGAUCAACUAUGAUCUGACGAUGACACCCACAUCAGCCUCCAUUUUCUUCGAGUUGGAAUACGAUGGAAUCUCAGACGGUACUGUGCGAGCCAAGUAUUGA